AAAGUUCUAUAGUACGAUUUUACGUUAUGACGCAUUAAACAGAAAUUUUCAUGUAAUUGUGUCUAAUUAAUUCAUGCACUUACGAAGGAAAGGCAAAAUAGUAGAAGUGUUUUAAAUUGGUAUUCAUUCACAAUCACCAGACGAAACCACUCGAUAAGUUUGUCAAUGACAGCUCGGUAUAUAAGCUUGUUUUAGAACUCUUAAACUUGAUCAAUAAGUUAUUUUAAAGAUCAUAAAGUGUUUGAAUAAUAAUGAUACAGAUGCUUGGAGAGUUACAAUAGAAGGGCCAAGUAAAUGAUAACUAUUAAACGCUAAAUAAGUUCUGGCAAACCAGUUUACAAGUUCCAGCAAACGAGUUAACAAAUCCGGCAAACAAGUUAACAACAUCUGGCAAACAAGUUAACAACAUCUGGCAAUCAAGUUAACAACAUCUGGCAAUCAAGUUAACAACAUCUGGCAAUCAAGUUAACAACAUCUGGCAAACAAGUGAACAAGUUCUGGAAAACAUUGAAGACAUCAUUAACCUCAUCGUCACUCCCAGAACAAAACGAUAGAUCGUUGUCAUAGACACGUGACGUGUGAAUUAUACAGAGGAACAGUAUUUGGUACAGUUUAAUAAAAUCGUUGGUUCUAGCACAAAGACUAACCUUGGACAAUUUGGACUGUAGCAUUUCAUAUAAUAGAGACUCAGGUUUGAUCUGCCAUUCUCAAGGACUUUCAUUGACAAAAACAUUGAUAUACAGUCCUAUCAAGAACAUAUAUAUUUAAGAUUGCAUUUUAUGGAACAAAAUAAACAAUAAUUUCAAAGGAUAUAAAAAUAAAGAAAAGUGCAAUUACUGUGUGCAAAGUAAAAAUCAAUCAAAUCAUAGAAAGAACGUGCAUUUUCUUGUGCGCCUUUUGAGAGCAAAACAAAUCAUCAUAUUGAAGGACAUUAUAUAGAAGUGCGCAAUUUCUGAGAGCAAUAUAAACUGUGAUUAUUGGAGAUUAGUUGAAACGAUUAUAUAUCUUGGAGAAAAUCUCGACAGUACAAACAGCAGGAGAGGACUACUCUCGCUAGCCCGGUAUCAGGGCAAAAUGCCGUAUUUAAACAACAGGUUCGAUCCAUUCCAAGUCUUUGAGGUGGAUCACCAGCCAUGUAUGCUAUUUUACUGCAUGAUAGUGAAGGGGUACAACAUAACGAAGGGAUCUGCCCUGCAAAACUGGAUGGACACACCAGACCCCUACGUAAAGGGAACAAUAAGAACAUCACCACACGGGGAGCAGCGGACACCAACAAUCGAUAACGAGGUCAACCCUGUCUGGAACCAUAUGUUCAAGUUUUACCUCGACCCACAGAUUGAUAAUGAAUUAGUGCUAGAACUCAUGGAUGCCAACUACACCAUAGAUGAACACUUGUGCACAGUGAAAAUCAAGUUAAAAGACAUUGCCUUAUCGGAAAAGAGAAUCUACCGGCGCUUACAGUUCAAUGAUACUUCAGAGGUCGAUAUUGAAAUGUGGGCUGAGCAUGAUGACAGCCCAAGACUUCGAUACAGUCUUACCCUGUGUGAAGAGGAGAAACAGUUUGUUGAUGAUCGUCGUAGAUGUGUGUUCAAGGCCAUGAAGGAGAUCCUAGGAGAUGCUGCCCCUGCCAAUGAAAAUGAGGUGCCUACCAUAGGAGUUUUAGGAUCAGGAGGGGGAUUUCGUGCAAUGACAGCGUUUUCAGGGGUGAUGAGCGCUCUGGUUGACACCAAAAUAUCUGACAUGGUCAUGUACAAUGUUGGACUGUCGGGAUCUGCCUGGUAUCUAUCUACACUUUACUCUCACCCAGACUGGCCAGAAAAAUCCCCAAAAGAGUUGCGUAAAGAGCUACGGGACAGCAUAAACUCCAACUGGGUGUGGAAACUUUUUGAUCCGUCUAGUAUGUACCGCUACCUCAAAGUUGUGGCGAUAAAACGCCAGCGAGGCCAACCCGUCAGCUUUACUGAUUUGUUCGGUCACCUUGUUGGGGAAACGCUGCUGAAAAAUCGCCUUGAUGCAAAACUGUCCGACCAACAGACAAAGAUUAAAGGUGGACGUAUCCCAAUGCCAAUGUACUCCUGCCUGCAUGUCAAGAAACAUGUUUCUGCGAUGGUUUUCCAUGAAUGGAUGGAGUUCAGCCCAUACGAGAUUGGAAUGCCGAAGUAUGGAACGUUUAUGAGACCUGAGCUCUUUGGAAGCAAGUUUUUCAUUGGCCAUCUCGUCAAGGAAUUCGACGAGCCACCACUUCAUUUCCUGCAAGGUAUCUGGGGUAGUGCGUUCUGCAUCCAGUUGAAUCGACUCUUCAAGGAUGACAAGAAAGUUGGAGAACUUGAAGCGCUCGAACAGGAAAGAGAUGAACUAGAACGGGAGUUGACGGAGGAAAUGUCGUCACAAGAUGAUGAAUCAAGCGACACGAGUGAUAGCGAAAGUGACGGCGAUAAAGAAAACAGUACCAAAAAACCAAAGUCAUUUGAACGUAAAGGUUCAAAUGCUUCGACCACCAGCAACGGUUCUAAAAAGCGUGGCUUCUUUACUUCUAUGUUUGGAAGCAUUCUGGAAAAAUAUCCGUUGCUGAAGACGAUUGAUGGCCGAGCUGCAACAGUGCACAACUUUAUGAGGGGGUUAUCCCUAUACAAGGCCUACCCAUUUUCACCCUUUACCUCCCUUGACGGGAAAAGGAAAGACGAUGACAAAUUGAACGCUUCAAGUUACUUCAGUGCACGGCUUAAAGCAAUGUCACCAAAGAAAAAGACUCCAGGAACAAUUGAAGAAACAUUUGAAGGUCAAGACCAGUUUGACGGGAUAUUUGAGAUGUAUCCUACCUCUAUCAAGAAACUGUAUGUCGUCGAUGGAGGCCUUUCAUUCAACUCCCCUUAUCCGCUCCUAUUACGGCCCCAAAGAGGGGUUGACAUCAUCCUGUCGUUUGAUUUCAGCGCUCGCAAAUCGGAUACUACUCCACCGUUCAAGGAACUGUUGCUUGCCGCGGAAUGGGCGUCACUCAAUAAUGUGCCAUUUCCCAAGAUUGACCCCUCAGUGGUGGACAGGGAAGGGUUAAAGGAAUGUUAUGUGUUCGAAAACAAACACGACCCUCGAUGUCCGAUAGUUAUGCACUUUGUCCUCGUCAACAUUACAUUUAGAGAUUACAUCAAGCCAGGAGUUAGACGACGCACGGCAGAAGAGCGGGAAUAUGCAGACUUUGACAUAUUUGAUGACCCUAACAAACCAUACUCUACGUUCAACUUCAAAUACUCCAACAAGGCAUUUGACAGAUUAUCCGAUCUGACGGAGUUCAACACAUGUCUCUGCAAGGACCUUAUCUUAGAGAAAAUCAAAGAGUGUGUAAAACGUGUUCAUCAGUACCAUACGGUCAAACAAAGGCCGAUCAUGCUGAAAGACAUUAAGAAACUUCGACUACAAAGAUCAAAGGAAAAACAGCUGGAACUUUUUGUGAAAUCAUUCGACCAAGACGAUGGUGAUUUCCCCCUAACAUAAUAUUGCGAUUUCAUAUUCAGUCUCAUAUUAUGCAUUCAUUUCAUAUAAAGGUGUCUGUGUGUGUGUGUGCGUGCGUGCGUGCGUGCUUGCGUGCGUGGGUUUGUGUUCAUCAACGCAUAUGCCAGAAUAGGUCCAAGAAUAGUCAUCCUUUCUUGUCCGAGUCCGAGUAUGGGCAUCCUCUUAUGUCAAUAGUAGGUCAUAGUAUGGUCAUCUUAUCAUGUCAGAGUAGGUGCGAGAAUGCUUAUUCCAUCUACUUUAAUGUUUUUAAUUGGAGCAUACCAUACCACUUGUAACAUGGCCAAGCAGUAACUCACAAUAUGUAACACACUAUGUUAAACUUGACGUAUUAUUAUUGUUAUUCAAUUAUGUUGCUAUACACGAUUCGUUCCCUAUAAAGUUUCAUGUGUAAAUAUCCAAUUUAUUUAUUCAUUUAUUCAUCUGUUUGUUACCUUGUUUGUUUGUUUCCAUUUUUAUUUGUUUAUUCUUUAUAUUUAUAUUUAUGUGUAAAUCUAUUAUUUAUUUAUUUAUCUAUUUAUUUAUUUAUUAUUUAUUUAUUUAUUUAUUUAUUUAUUUAUUUAUUUAUUUAUUUAUUUAUUUAUUUAUUUAUUUAUUUAUUUAUUUAUUCAUUCAUUCAUUCAUUCAUUCAUUCAUUCAUUCAUUCAUUCAUUCAUUCAUUCAUUCAUUCAUUCAUUCAUUCAUUCAUUUAUUUACUUAUAAAUCUAUUUACUUAUUUCUUUCUUUAUUUUAUUUUCUUCUUCAUUUUGUGUUAUGUUUACCGUUUUUUCUUCACAUAAUUGAAAAUAUUUGUACAUACAUUUUUGCCACCUAAAUAAAGUCUACCAGUCAGGUUGUAAUACUUACAUUUGUCAUAGGAAUGCUAACGUUUCUUGCAAUGCAAACAUUCAGCAUGGGUUCGUGAUAAUCGACAUGAAAAGGAACGUUCAUUGAACUCUAAGACGAAUACAACAAACAAGCUGAUUGCAGCAAACCCUCGGCCAAUAUUCACAAAGCUCCUGAGUCUGAAUUUGAGACUCAGAAAAGCAAAAAACAUUAAAAUUUGUCGCAUAAAUGCUUUAACUUGAUGUACUUAUUACAAGUUCUAUGUUUUACAAUCAAACAGACAUCUUUUGUAAAACAAAAUUGAAAUAUCAUAGAUAUAAUGAUUAUAUCAUAGAUACAAAUACGAUUUAAUUUUUUGAGCCUGAAUCUCAAACACAGACUUCAGUGACUACAGAUCCUGGAUCUGAGCUACAUGAUUAUAAAAUGUUAAAAACGCCCACACAUGUGUUAUUAUGAUAAUGCAAUACCUCAAUAUGAAAUAUAUUUACAACUGAACACAAACUUGUAAUGCCAAGAGAAAAUAAAGAAAAUGGAA